AAACGAAAUCACUUUGGGCAUUAAGUGUUUUGACUCUGUCCGAAGUACGAUAAAUACAGCUGCCUCAUGCUACAGGAGCAGUAUCGCUUCGACGGUCGACACCAUCAUGAGCAUUACGUGGUUGCUGGUUGUGGGUGCCGUGCUGGUCUCCCAGCAGGCGUUGGCUCUUCCUGCUGCGUCGUCUGGUUCCGCCGCCGAUCGCUUAGCGGAGGAGAUCGCCAACCUACAAAAGAUUCUGAAGACAGGAGCGUUGGAGUAUGGCAUUCCAGUUGUGGACCCUCUGGACAUCAACCAGAUCCCGAUCAACGCCAACGGCGGUGGCUUCAAGGCAUCUGGAUCUCUCAACGACCUGAUCGUCGACGGCAUCUCCUCCUUCACCGUGACGAGGCUGGAGCAGACAUCUGGAGCCGUCAGUGGCCGCGUCUCUCUUGCCAUUGAACUGCCUGCAGCAGACGCGAACCUGGAGUACGAUCUGCACGGCAAGGUCAAGAUUAGUUUCAUCAACGUCAAGCUGAACGGAAAGAGUGCAGUCUCAGCGAAGGUCGACGGAAUCAAAGCCAACGCUGAUCUGGACAUCACAAUCAACCCCGACAAUUCCAUCACCGUGGAUAACAUCUGCAACAUCGACUUUGGAUUCCACAAAGCAACAGUUCACAUUGAUGAAAUGAGCGGCGUCGUGAACAGCCUCGUCAACAAGCUCAUCCCGACUCUUGUCAAUUCCAACCGCAACAAGAUUAUUCAGCUUAUUGAGACAGUAGGCAAGGACAACAUCAAUAAGUACUUCGACAUGGUUGCCGGCAAGGCAUCCAGCUGGAAGUCCAUCGCAGUAUCAGACAUGCUGCAGACCUUCACAAAUGAACUUGUCGUGUCUCCAGAGGCCCACCGUAUUCUCCGCCAAAUCGCUCGUCACUUGGAUGCCUGAAAUGGCAAACCACCAAGAUAUUUCAAGAUACCAUCAGAAAAUAUGUUGGAAUAGGAAAUAAAGCACGUCUACCUAAGAAUCUA